AUGCGAUCAUUGGGAGAGCGAUUACAUCUACUCCGAAAGCUUCUCAACCUCCGGAUGGGCCCCGGUGCCGCCAUCCUCCCCUCUGAGGUGUCCCAUAUUCACAUGGACUUUGCCCUGCGAACGCACAACGGCCACAUGGGCGCCAAGAAGUUUUGGCGCGAAAAUCUCCCACGACUCAAGUACCACAAUCCCGCCGUCCCCAUGAUCGUCAACCGCCACGGCCAGAACGAGCAGCCGCCGACCAUGACCGUGUACCUCCGAACCGCCGCCGCCGCCGCGGGUGACGCUCCCGCCGUCGCUCCGCCCGCCUCCUCCCGCGUCGGGCUGUCCAAGGCGCAGCCGCCGGCAAGCAACGAGCGCGUGGUGCACAUCGACAUGAAGGACAAGCACUCGACCAACAUCCUGGAGCAGCUCAUCGCGCAGGUCGGCGCCGUGCCGCUGCGCCCGACGGCGGAGGACACGGCCGAGUGGCAGAGCCUGGAGGAGCUCCGCAAGGUGAGCAACGCCAGCCGCGAUCGCAUCAACGCCAUCAAGGCCGAGAAGGAGAGGGAGGCCAAUAUGUUGCGGCAAGCCCGUGCGGCUGGUGGUGCUACGGAAGAUCCAGCGUAA